AUGCGUCCCCAACAACCCCAGCAGCAGCAGCAGCAGCAGCCGGGGAUUGUGGAGCAGCCGGGGAUGGUGCGGCAGCAGAGGCCCGGUAGUGAUGCUGGUGGGGAGAUGGGGGGCAGCCCAUCCCCACUGGCAUCGGGCGCAAACUUCCCGGAGCUGCCAUCUCGACAGCAGCCGCUGCCGCAGCCGAGUGGCGGUGCCCCAGCGGGCCGAGGGGCGCCUGCGGGCAGGGCGGUGCCUCGCAGUUCGGGGGAUGUGGAGGCCAUGGGCGAGGGAGAGGGCUCGGGGGGGGAUGAGGGAGAGUUUCGUCUGGGAAGGCUGGGCGGCUGGGGUAGUGGGCACGGCAGGCAGCAUCCCGAUGACCGGACGGGAUGGACAGGUGUGUGUGUGUGGGUGGGAGGGGAAUGGACGCACGAGGGAGGGAGGGAGGGACCACCACGUCGUUUAUUGUGUUGUGUUGUGUUGUGUUGGUUCAGGGUCCCCCACGUCAUUGUCGCCCUCGUCCAGCCCACAUCCAUCGAUCCUCUCCUCGCUGCUCAAGGCCCCCUCUCACUCCGCAUCGGUGUCACGUCGCGCGGCCGACUCCCACAUCACACGAAGCCCACCUGGUGCACACCUCGUCGGCGUUGCUGCUGGUGGUGCCGCUCCCGACAUGAGGGGGUCUAGUGUGAUGAGCGCCGGCAAGGCGGUGCCGAGGCACCCAGGUGGGUCGGCCGAGCGCGCCGACGUGUUCCGAAGGGGCGGGCUUCUUGGCUGGAGUGGUGCAGUGAAUGAGGAGGUGGUGGGGAGGGGCAGCCGGGGUGCGUCUGAGGGCGCCGGUGUCCAUGGUGGGCGGGGAUUAGAGGGCAUGACGCCGGCUGCCAUUAUGGAGGGCAUGGACAUGGAUUGCCACGAUGCAUUCGACAAGGCGAUUCAGUUCAGCUCCAGUGUGGGCGACCACCGGCUCAUCACCCACCUGACGCCGCUCUCCCAGGCGGCAGAGGUGGGUGGGUGGCUGGGGGCUCAGACAAACAGAGAGGGGCAGAGAGACAGUCAGACAGAGAGCAUGCAUUCCCUGAAUGAAUGAAUGAAUGUGUGUGCAUGUGUGUGUAUGUGUGCAGGUCAGGAGGGGUGUCCAGAUCUAUGUGUGGGCGACCAACAACGGCCUUCCUGGGGUCUGCAAGCUCAUCAGUCACGGGGACACAGCCGAUCACUUUGAGCACAUAGUCGAUCGCCCACUCAUGGGUCUGCGGCAGUUCCUCUAUCAGAGGUGAGGAACUGUCAAAGUCCAUUGUGUUCGUUUGAUGUCGUCCGCUUCUCGCCCGUACACCCCGCUCUCUCCCUCUCCCUCUCCAUGUGUCUGUCUCUGUGUCUGUGUGUGGACUAUGUAGGAAUGGCUGGCGCCCUCCGACCGAGGCGAUGGUCGCUUGGGUAUUGGGUGACAUCAUAGAGCUGCUCGCACUCUUGGAGCCGCGGUAAGCAACAAGACGAACCAAACGGCCAGGCAAAGUGCCCAUGUGUGUGUGCCCCGCCCGUGUGUGUUGUCUGUCCUUGCGCUGCGCUAUUUCUUCGUUAUUUCUUCGUGUGUUCGAUCAGGGGCGUGACGUUGGCCAACCUGUGCCUCGACACCAUGGGCGUGCGGCCGGUCGACUGUAGCGACGGGGGCACAUAUGUCACGGCCGUCCUGACAGACUUGAGCGACGCCCGCCAAGGCAGAAGGUACGACGCACACACCACCUAAGGGCUGCAUAUGUGUUAUUGCUCAUGAUCUCUCAUGAUCUCUCUCUCUCUCUCUGUGUGUGUGUGUACAAAACCUCGAUCGGCUGGCCUUGCUGGGGUGCAGCGUGGUGUCGAGUGACCGCACAUACGUGGCCCCCGAGGUCCUCAAGCGCCAGCUGUGUGACCCAUCCACCGACACCUCCGCCUUAGGUGAGUCUAGUAGCCACGGCCGGCAGGGAAGGCCCGCACGCACAUCCAUACGCGACUACUGAACGACACGAUGAUUGGGGGGAUCGGGUGGCCUGCAGGUUUAGCGAUGUACGAGCUGCUAACGGCAUCGUCGGUUUCCAAGGACAUAUCCCCCGCGGUGAGCCAUCCAUCCCGCCACACACACAUCGCGCACCACACCACACCACACAACACACGAUACCGCUUCCCUGCCUCUCUGCCUGCCUGCCUGCCUGCCUGCCUGCCUGCAAUGUUCAGAGCUGGACGCUCUCGGUCGGUCACGACGCUGUCGUACCAGUGGCUGCCAAAGGCCACCAAGGAGCUGCUCGAGUGUGGGGUUAGCAAGGAGACCAUCGAUGUGGUGACAUCCAUGAUGGCGAAUGAUAGCAAGUCAAGGCCGACAGCUGGAUGGGUACGUACAUUAGUCAAGUAGUUGAGUGCACGAGCAGACUGAUUGAUGGCUGGCUGGCUGUCUGGCUGGCUGUGUGAAUGUAAUGUAUUUGUGUAUGUGUGUGUGUGUAUGUGUGUGUAUGUGUGUCAGGUGUGCAAGUACUUCCGAUCGCUGCUCCAGGUCCCAGCCUCGCAGGACCCUGCCUGACGGCACCCGCCCCCCGACAAACCGACUCGUGAGCUGUUCUGCAUCGAUCAGACGCCCCCUGUGCUGCCCCCGCUGCCCGAGCCAUGGGGCCCCGCCCCGGCCGCACCGCCGACGCCAGAUGAUCUGGAGGACGACGACCUGACAUACUCGGAGAACUCGACAGACACUGACAAAACACCAGAGGUGCGCUGCUCCCGUGAGCCACUCAGACAGACAGCAAACGGCGCACGCAGAUAGAUAGAUAGAUAGAAGGAUGGAUGUGUAUGGUAUGGUAUGGUAUGUGUGCCUUCUCUCUAUGUGCCUGCCUGCCUCUGUGUGUGUACAGGAAUCGGCGGCGGCUGGUGGCCAGGACCGCCCGUAG